AACAAAAUCAACAACAUUCAGUCAAGCCAACAAGCCAAAGUGGAGCAGAGGAUCUUAGAGCAGUUUGAAAUGGAAAACAUGAUCUAUACUCAAGAUCCCAUCUACUUGAAGUUCUUGAAUGAGAUUAGUGAUGAGACAUUUACAGAAGAUCACUUACCCAUCUUUGACAUAAAAAGCAAGUACAGUGAAAUGAUGCAGGCGUAUUAUAAGAUUGUGGUGCAGCGGAUGGCUGACCAACUGCCCAUGAUGAUCUCCUUCUUCAUGCUGAAGGAAACUGCUCAGCUCCUGUCUAUCGACAUGCUUAGUUUACUGGACGGGGCAAAUGUGAGCCAGCUCCUGUUAGAGGACUCUGAAGUUGGUACAAGGCGCAAAGAACUACAGUCUCGCCUGGACCGUCUGAAUGCUGCUCAUGAAAAACUGAUUUUGUUUGAGGGAUAAAGUGAUUUUAUUUGAGGCAUCUACUGGCAGUUCUCCUGGUGGCCCUCCAGCGCUGUACAUCUCCCUUUUCAGUCACACCCAAUUCAGGUCUUGGAUUCUACUAAUAAGAUGAAGAGUUUAACCAGGUAUGUUAGAUAAGGGAGACAUACAAGAUGUGCAGUACUGGGAGGCCUCCAUGACAGUUUGGCUCCUGCAAUUAACACACUGGCUCCUGUGUUAACAUCAACUCACUGGCUCCUGCAAUUAUUUUAAACAGCUUGGAUUAGAAAAUAUUAAACUAAACUAAAACUAACCUUUGCAGGAUUUUCCUCCUCGAGGGCCAGAAUUGAGAAGCCCUGUUCUACACAUUUAUAGGUACUAACAUUUUAACCCAUAGUGCCCUCUUCUGGACAGUCAAUUAUACAAGGACACAACAUAUUCUGCCAUUACUUAGAAAAUCAUACAUUCCUCACUAAAUCCAAAAUCAAACUUAAUACAGUAGUUCCAUAUUAUAGUGUGCCUCAAUGAACAGCUUAACAAUGCAUCUUAACUGAUUCUUAAUUUACACAAUGAAACAAUGCACUACUUUAAUACUAGUUUUAUGCUGUACAACAUAAUCCUGCAGCCAACACGGAGGCUGUCUUACACGUGCUGAAACACUUUCAGGAGCAGUUGGAGGAUCUGGAGGAGGUGAAUUCGAUAGUUAAUUUUAGGCAACACAAGUAGAUUUGGGACAAAUUUGAAGGGCCAUAGAUUUAUUCUUAGUAGAAUAUUGCAUAGAUGAAAAAUAGCAACAGGUAACGCAAGUAGUUCACAGCGUGCAACCAUUUUACAUCAUUGAAAUAAUGGCAGGAGGAUGUGACACUCCUCGUAGAGUGAGCCCUCACCCCUAGGGGGCAUGGCUGGUCCUUAGCUUGAUAAGCCAGGACUAUGGCAUCCACUAUUCAGUGGGCAAGCCUCUGUUUGCAGACAGCCCUUUCCUUCUGCUGUCCCCCAUAGCAAACAAAGAGCUGGUCUGAGGUCCUAAAGCUCUGCGGAAGGUCCACAACAAAGCAGAGCCAGGAACGAUUCAUCGACUGAAAAUGCCUGCAGGUCCCCUACCCUCUUAACGGAUUCCAGUGCAGUCAGGAGCAGAGGCUCAAAGGGCCCUCCCUGUAAGGCCAUUAGGACCAAGAGGAGAUCCCAAGAGGGUCAGGGCAGAGAGGAUUGUGAUAGUGAAAAUCUCCGGUCAUCGCACUCAUGCAUUUAUAUGAGUGCAUUUAUACGUGCAUUUUAUAGGAGUGUGUGGCAUUUUGCGCCGGCACACCAUAAGAGUCAUUUGAAACAUCAAGACAAAAAAAAUUAUGACUUGAAACACAAUACUUUAUUUACUUAUCGCAAGCCGUUUUAACCUUUAAUUUAAAAGCUGUACUAAUAUCCAUUUUCAUGCUACUAGUACUUAUUUUUUAGAUACUAGUAUCUUUUCCAUUAAAUACUAGUAUGUAUUCAUUAGCUACUAGUGAAUAUUAUUUAGGUACUAGUCUUUAUUCUUUAGCUACUCAUGUCUUUUGUAAAGCUACUAGUACUUAUUUAUAGAUACUAGUUCUUAUGUUUUAGAUACUAGUACUUAUUCCAAUAGUGACUAGUAUUUAAUUUCAAUCUUCUUGUUAAGAAAAAAAUAGAACUACUACUUUAUUUUUUAGUUACUAGUAACUUUUUAGACCAGAGAUAUCCUGAACUUAACAGAUACUAGUACUUUUUGAAUUUGCAUUUCUGCCAGUAUGGUAUUCGUAUGUUGAAUAUUAAUGAACCAGCUACAUAUAGGAGAGAGAUUAGAGAGGAAAUGGAAAAAAGGAGACGGAUGAGCUUUUUUUGAGGAAACAACAGAAAAAGAACAAUCAUUUGUACUCAAAUACAUAGAAAACAUUUUUGCCAGUUUUGUAGACACUGUAAUUUUGUAAACAUAAGUAGCCUAAUAACGUGUUUGUUUGGUCAUCGGUUGCCCUCUGGCAGAAUGGAGAAAAGACACCAGUUUUAUCAUCUAUUAAUUUCCUCUUUUUCCUCCAUUAAAAACAAUAAAUAUCAUAUUAGGGCUGUGUUGACUUAUUUGCAUAUAGCACUGGUGCUAUAGACACUGAAUGUUUUUACAGAAAUAUUCUGUAUAUCCUACAGGGCAUACAAAAUCCAAACCCUUAUGGUUUUCAAACAAACAUUUUCUUUAUUUGGAAAAAAGGCCAAAAAAUAUUAAUUAAACACACAUACCAAGUGUGCUGUAUUUGUAGGGCUGCAAAAUUUGGCCAAAAAUGUUGUAUAACAUAUAACAAAUAAUGAUUAUGGUUAUUAUUUCUAAAUAGAAACAUUCAACAAAAUAAGGAAUAUUACUUUUGUAAUAAACUAUUUCUAAAGAAUUGAGCAUUUAAGAAUAAAUACAAUAAU